AGGUACCAAAGGGAAAUCAUCAUCUGGAUUUAAAACGGUCUCUUCGGGGUACAAGGAGCAGCUGAACAACCUGAUGAAGACAUUGAACGCCACGCACCCGCACUUCAUCCGCUGCAUUGUGCCCAACGAGACCAAAUCACCGGGUGUUGUUGAUUCUGGCCUCAUCAUGCACCAGCUGACCUGCAACGGCGUGCUUGAAGGCAUCCGUAUCUGUCGCAAGGGCUUCCCCAACAGGAUGCCUUACUAUGACUUCAAACGGCGAUAUACUAUUUUAGCUUCUAAAGCCAUGGCUGAGUGCACGGAUGACAAGAAGGCUGCCGCUGUAUGUCUUUCAGCCGUUGAGCUUUCUGAAGAGAGCUAUCGACUCGGUAACACAAAGGUGUUUUUCCGUGCUGGCAUGCUUGGCCAGCUCGAAGAAAUUCGUGACGACCGACUGGGCAAAGUAUUGGCGUGGCUUCAGGCCUGGAUUCGAGGCUUCAGAAGUCGCAAGGAAUAUCAGCAGCUCCAGGAACAGCGCCAAGCCCUCGUCGUCGUGCAGCGCAACCUGAGGAAGUACAUGAAGCUCCGCAACUGGCCGUGGUAUCGCAUGUGGCAGGCGGUGAAGCCGCUCCUCAACGUCACGCGCAUCGAGGACGAGAUGCAUGCCCUCGAAGAGAAGGCGACCAAGGCAGUGGAGGACUAUGAACGGGAGGCGGAACUUCGGAAGGAACUCGAAGCAACAAACGUAGCUCUUAUGGAGGAAAAGAACAAUCUGCUUGUGGCUUUAGAAUCUACCAAAGGCAAUGUAUCGGAAUACCUCGACAGGGAGAAUAAGCUUCAGCGUCAGAAAACCGAACUAGAGAGUCAACUUAGUGAAACGAUGGAGCGUCUACAAGAAGAAGAGGAAGCGCGGAGUAAAUUGGUGGAUCUCAAGAAGAAAGCUGAACAAGAUAUCGGCGGCCUCAAGAAGGAUCUUGAAGAUUUCGAAUUAUCGCUGCAAAAAGCUGAGCAGGAAAAGGCUUCUAAAGAUCACCAAAUUCGCAGUCUUAAUGAAGAAAUCGCCCACCAAGACGAAUUAAUAGUCAAAGUCAACAAGGAAAAGAAACAGCUUCAAGAGUGCAACAGGAAAAUUGCUGAGGACGUUCAGACUGCGGAAGACAAAUGCACGCAUCUCAACAAGGUUAAGGCUAAGUUGGAACAGUCUCUUGACGAACUUGAAGAUUCACUUGAGCGAGAGAAGAAACUGCGCGGUGAACUUGAGAAAACGAAGAGGAAAGUUGAAGGCGACCUCAAGCUUACCCAAGAGGCUAUGACGGACCUGGAGCGCAGCCAAAAGGACCUUGAUCUGGCUAUUCAGCGAAAAGACAAGGAAAUUGCUGCCCUUGCCUCCAAAGUAGAGGAUGAACAGAACUUAGUCUCCAAGUUGAAUCGACAGAUUAGGGAGUUGCAAGUUCGCAUUGAAGAACUGGAACAAGAGGUAGACGAGGAGAGGCAAGGACGAUCGAAGGCUGAGAAGUCGAAAACUGCACUCGUGCGAGAGCUUGAGGAAAUCAGUCAACGUCUGGACGAAGCUGGCGGCGCAACUGCCAUGCAAAUUGAACUGAACAAGAAACGUGAGACCGAACUCGUCAAGAUCCGCCGCGACUUGGAAGAAGCGAAUAUUCAGCAUGAAGCCGCCCUAGCCAGCCUUCGGAAGAGACACGGCGAUGCGGUCGGGGAACUGACGGAACAAGUCGAGAAUCUCAAUAGGCUGAAGGCGAGGAAUGAAAAGGAAAAAGCCACUUUAAAGCGAGAAAACGAAGAUACUCGACUUGCUAUGGACGAACUUCUUCGAGACAAGGUGAGCGCCGAAAAGAUGAGCAAGCAGCUCAUGCAAAUGAACAACGACCUGCAGGCGAGGCUGGACGAGGCCAACCGGACCAUCAACGACCUGGACCUUUCGAAGAAGAAGCUCGCCGUCGAGAAUUCCGACCUCAUUCGCCAGCUGGAAGAGUCAGAGAACCAGAAUGCCCUACUCUCGAAGAUGAAGCUUUCGCUUUCCAACCAGCUUCAGGACACGCAGAAAAUGGCGGAGGAGGAGUCUCGGGAACGUACGUCGCUGUUAGGCAAGUUCCGCAACCUCGAGCACGACGUCGACGGCCUUCGCGAACAGCUGCAGGAGGAGAGUGACGCCAAGGCUGACCUCCUGCGCCUGCUCUCCAAGGCCAACGGGGACGUCCAGAUGUGGCGCUCCAAGUACGAGUCGGAGGGCGUCGCCCGCGUGGAGGAACUUGAGGCUUCGCGCUCCAAGCUCGCGGCACGACUAGAGGAAGCGGACAACCAGAUCGAGCAGCUCAAUAUCAGAAACGUCAACCUAGAAAAACUAAGAGAACGGGCCUCCGCGGAUGUCGAAAGUAUGCAGAUCGCCCUCGAACGCGCUCAAACAUUGGCAAGUACGGCAGAAAAGCGACAGAAGAACUUUGACAAAAUCAUAAGUGAAUGGAAGACGAAGGUUGAUGACCUAGGAGCCGAGCUCGAUGCCUCCCAGAAGGAAUGCCGCAACUACUCGACCGAGCUGUUCCGCGUGAAGGCCGCCUAUGAGGAGAGCCUCGACCAGAAUGACACCAUUCGUCGCGAGAACAAGAACCUCUCCGACGAAAUUAAGGACUUGAUGGAUCAGAUCGGCGAGGGCGGACGGUCUCUUCACGAAGUUCAGAAAACGGCAAAGAGAUUUGAAAUUGAGAAAGAAGAACUACAGUCUGCACUAGAAGAAGCCGAAGUUGCCCUUGAGCAGGAAGAAAACAAGGUCCUUCGCAGCCAGCUAGAAUUGAGCCAAGUUAGACAAGAGAUCGAGAGACGCAUCCAAGAGAAGGAGGAAGAAUUCGACAACACACGGAAAUGUCACCAGCGAGCACUGGACUCUUUGCAAGCCUCCCUCGAGGCGGAGGCGAAGGGCAAGGCGGAAGCUAUUCGCAUAAGGAAGAAACUUGAAUCCGACGUCAACGAGACGGAACUUGCGUUGGAGCACUCAAACAAGGCGAUCUCUGACCUGCAAAAGCACGUCAAGAAAAUGCAGAACGAGUUGAGAGAAAUGUCCCUAGCUAUCGAGGAGGAGCAACGGCAGUCGUCCGAAUACCGCGAACAGUACAGCAUCGCCGAGCGCCGCUCCAACGCCCUUGUCGGUGAGCUCGAGGAGACACGCACCCUUCUCGAGCAGUCCGACCGCGGUCGCCGCCAGGCGGAGGCCGAACUGUCGGAGGCACAGGAACGCAUCGGGGAACUUUCAACACAAAACGGCAACCUCAGUCUGUUCAAGAGGAAGCUGGAGAGCGAGUUGCAGACUGUUCAGGCUGAUCUCGACGAGAUGAUGAGUGAGACGAAACACUGCGAGGAGAAGGCCAAGAAGGCCAUGAUCGACGCCGCCCGCCUCGCCGACGAACUUCGCUCCGAGCAAGAGCACGCUCAGGAUCAGGAGAAGAUGCGCAAGGUCGCAGAAGUCGCUGUAAAGGAACUGCAAGUUCGCCUUGAAGAAACAGAGAACUUUGCUCACAAGACUAGCAAGCAGACGAUUGAAAAGCUAGAGAACCGCGUGAGGGAGCUGGAGGCUCAGCUGGAAAGGGAGUCUACUCAGCACGUCGAAGCGCAGAAGACGCUAAGGAAGUGCGAGCGACGCAUGAAGGAACUCGGCUUCCAGUCCGACGAGGACAGAAAGAAUCACGAAAGGAUGCAGGACCUCGUUGACAAACUCCAGCAGAAGGUGAAGACGUACAAGCGACAGAUCGAGGAAGCAGAAGAGAUCGCUGCUCUGAACCUUGCCAAGUUCAGGAAAGCUCAGCAGGAACUGGAGGAAAGGGAAGAUCGUGUUGACGCCGCUGCCAUGCAAAGGGAUUAUACAAGCAUGCAUAGAGACGUCCACAACUUGCACAGAGAGGUCUCCAUCUCUCGCCUAAUGGAGAAUCUUGGCCCUCAAGUGCCUCCCCAAUAGAGGCCAAUAAUGUGAUGUGGAAAUGACACACACUGACGAAUUGUUGUCGCAUAAUCCAGAUUUUUUGUAUAGUCUUAGACAUCAAAGCCGAUGAUCUCGUUCAUGAGAUGAGAUGAAGAAAGUACAAUGGUUAUUAUCAAGUCGGCAUUAAGGAGGACGCAAUGUCGGUGAUAUCAAUACCGAAAGAGAAGUAGCAAUUUCAGUAGUUGAUUAUAGGUGCAUCAAAUCUUGCUUACUAAUUAAACAUUAUUUCGGAA